GUCUCAUUAAUGUAGUUAUAUUCCACAUUGCAUAAUUAAAUGGCUACCUACCGUAAUGUUAGAAGACUGACUGGUCUAAUAUGGGUUUGUUUGGCUGUCUUAUGCCAAUUACACGCUAAUUUUACGUCUUGUAAUAAGGAUUUGGAUAAUGCUGCACAGAAGUCUGAACUUUCUGCGAGUAAUAAUCUUUCCACCCCUGGAGAAUUGCUUACACUGAAGGUAUUGAUCCAACGCGGUGAGCGACGGUACAACUACAUAUUGAAACAAUGUGAUAAAAUCAAAUCGCGCAAGUUAUCCGAUGACCAGAAACCAGAUAUCAAAGAUCAAUGUGACAUUUUAAGCCAAUUUUAUGAUGAUCUCGUAACGAAGUUGUACAAAGAUCUUGAGAAAGCUGGUGUCUUGGUUGAAGAUGACAACAUCAACACUUAUGACGUAGUGUAUGACAUUGAUAACAUAUGGGAUCAUAUGCGUGACUCAGGAAUUAUUCUAGAUAAAGAUACGGUUAAUCGUUUGAUACAUGACUACGACGAAUUUUCGGACGGAUGCCACGAUCUUUUGGUCCGUAUCAUCAGACUCGCGCAGCAUUACAAAGGGCAAUUUCGCAUUACAUAUCCAGAGUAUGACAUAUCUCCCAUUCGCGGCAAUUCAAAAGGACCAGAAUCACGGGAGCCUGUAAAACCAAUCACGGAUGAGAAGGAAUCAGAGCCAUCCCAGGAGGUAGACGGCCCUACUGAAGCCAUUCAAACUCCUACAACGGCAAAUCCCAUUGCUGAAGCAACAUCAGAUGUUCCCAGUCCUGUUGAAAUAAAUGAAUCAAUUCCUGAAUCCGAGGAUGAACCAGCAUCACCAAUUGUAGUUGAACCUGUCGAUGAGAUAUCUUCAGGUAAUGUCAUCGUCCAUGAACCUACAGAACAAGCUGUCGUAUCUAUUCCUGAGGAAGUUCCAGCAACAGAUUCCAACGUCCCCGAAAUUGCUGCGGAAAACGAUGUUCAUCUCCCUUUAGAAACCGAUGGCAAUCAGGAUGUGACUGUAUCUGAAGUGUUACCAAAUGAACAAGCUAGUGAUAUAUCUGGCAAUGGAGUGCGCGAGUCAUUAACGUACAACAUUGGUGGUAACACUGUCGUGAAUACGGAUGAGUCCGCGCCAAGCCAUCGUGAUAAACAAAUCCAUAUUGUGUUUGAUGAAUCAGAGUCGGCUAAUACCAUUUCCGGUACAAUCAACAAUACCUACGGUCAUCCAGGUGAUAUGAAUAAUCUACAAAGAGGUUGUGGCAGGAUUGUUAGGGGUGGCAUGUCCUCUGGUAAUUUGGGGAGCAAACCCUCUAAUGGCUGUGAAAACGAUAGUAGGAAUAACUCGUCAGGAGCAUAUGCUAUUAGUUUUGCGGCUACUGUCAUGGUAUCCAUUACACAGGUGUUGGUAUGUUUGUAA